AUGGACUUGGUAUAUUCUAUAUUUCGGAAACAAGCUUGGAAAACCCAGUUUCAAAAUGAACAAAUGGAAGAAGAUAUGUGUUUUAAAUGUCUGGCCAAGAUAUCUGCCAACAACAUAGUCGCCUGGGUCACCACGUUUGAUCUGGAUGAUCACGUCAACAUAAACUGGGGUUCACAUGUCUAUAUAGCCGAUCUAAACGUGCCUUGGAAGUACCAUAAAAUCACAUCCAAUAACUGUACAGUUACCACAUUAGAAUGGGAUAUGUAUGGAUAUUCACUAUUGAUUGGUGACAAGAAUGGUGCUGUAUCAAUAUGGACAUGCAGUACUGACCACAAUCUUACUAAUUGGGUGCAGGUAGGUUCUAAAGAUUUUCGUGGAGAACCUAUUAUAGCUGGAACCUUUUUCCAUUUGGGAAAAAAAUUAAUGCUUGUCAAUGAAAAAGCUGAUAACAUUAACUAUUUUGAAAAAUUCAAUUAUGUUCGGUUUACACCAUCACUACGAACAUGGGGGGGCACAGGUUUACCUGGGUGUUUAGUAGUGUCUGCUACAGGUAUGAUUGCUGCCCUGUUAACUAAUGAUAGUGGGGAACCUAUGAUUUCAGCUACUACCAGUUUAGCCGUAGCUAGAUAUCGUAUAUCUGUUGUUGACAUUAGUUAUCGUCAAAAUGGAAAUUUCUUAAUUGUCACAUCUGAUGGACGGCCACGAUCACCAAUUCAUUGUUAUGAAGUAUCAAUAAAGCUUCUAAAUGAAAAAAGUUGCACGAUUGUAUCACAGUGGCUGCCUAGCUUUUUCUUAACUUUUAAUGAAACGAUGGAUAGAGUUAUUUCACAUGUAAAAUUUUUAUUGAGAGAAGGUUCUGAAUCUCUUGUAAUUGGUAGUAAUAGCAGUAGUGGAUGCAUUAUUGAAACCUGGGAGCUGGUUAAAAAAACCAAUUCAAUAAAUAAAGUAUUCAAAAAAGUCAUAACUGAAGAUCACCCUACUGUGUGUUGGAUUAAAAAGAGUUCAUUUACAGUUGGAGCACAGUUAACAGCAUUGGCUACACCCAAAAUGUCCAUAUCCUACAAUCAAUCUUCUAGUAGUCAAUAUGUAGUAGCUGCCUUCAGUAAUCAUCAAGUAUGUUGUUUAUCUAGAGAACUGACCCAACAAUGUUUAUUUGAAUUAAGUAGUUAUUGCGAAGAUAACAUAGGAAAAAUAGGCUUACAGCACAGUUCAAAUAUUCAGUUUUCAGACUUGGAUAUUUCUUAUCUAGGAAAUGUAUUUGUUGUUUGCGAUAAUAUGGGUAAUUUAUAUUUAUUUCAAUUACUUUCUGUGGCAGAACUAAAUGGGCCUUUAACUGUCGCCUAUGCCACUUUACAGCUAGAAUAUUGCUUGGUGACUGGCCUGGAUUGGUGGGAUUUGGCUAUAUCAUUAAGACCUAAUAUGUUGGAAGCUGUGUGUAAUCGUUUUAGUGAAAACUUUCAAAAACAAUCACAGGUUCUCCAACAAAAAGAAUACACCACCUAUUUAAGUAUUCGUUCUUUUCUUUACAAAAUGAUGCCUGGAGCACAAUCUAAGCGUUCAGAUCUGAUGCACUUAAUGACACUUCAUUCCAUAUCCAAUGCAUUUAAAAAUGUACUACGUGUCAGUGAUAUCAUGGCAGACCGAGAUCCAGCUGAAAGUCUUUCAAAUGUAUUGAAAGAACCUAUCGUGGAUAUAGAUAAAAUUUUAACCAGUUUGGGUGGUAAAGAUUUUACUGUAGAACCUAGUACUCUUCAAUCACUUCAUCAACUUAUUCAAUGGAUAGCACAGCUUGCUUUAAAUGUAGUAUCUAGAAUACCAGAGCCGCGAGACAAUGUUGGUUAUAAUUUACUAAAUGAUUUGUAUGCUAUAAAUACAAUACGUGAAUUAUUGGUCAUGAUACGCAUAUGGGGUCUACUAAGGCCUAAUUGUUUACCAGUAUUUAUUAAAAAUAUUGAUAAUUUAGAUGUAUUGUCUGUUACAUUCCGUUUACUUUCGCGAUUUGUUCAACUGGGUGGUGAACACGAUGAAAUGUUAUUUGAUGAAUGUUAUACUCUUCAAAGCCAAGUCAUAAUUACCCCGCUUUCAUCAGUUGCUGCUGGAAUUCAUGAAGUUGCAUCUCCUGCUCUUUAUUAUCAACAUUUGCCAUUGAAGUUAGUAUUUGGACAAGAACCAGACUGUCUGAGAUAUAAUACAUCCACCAUAGAUACAUCAACAAAUGGUAAACAACAUUCAGAUUAUGUGAAAGAUUAUGAUGUCAUUAGGAAUGUAUAUAUUGGUAAAUGUCCAUUAACUGUGAAACAGUGUAAUAGAUGUGAAGGUAAAAUGCAAUUGGUAGGGAAUUCCCGAACAGCAGCAAUUAGAGUGUGGGAAAAUAGAUGGGCACGUAACUGUCGAUGUGGUGGAAGAUGGAGGACAGUUAAGGUGGGAGUGCAGUAA